CUGGGCUUCCCCACACCCUUGCCACACAGCUCCACAGGUUGGUGUGGGAGUCAGAUGAGAGCAGGAUCCCUGGGCAGAGGAGCAGACUGGAGCUGAAUGGAGCUCAAUCGACCCAAAGCUCCAGGUGGAGCAGAUCCCGGAGGUGGAGGCCGGCCAGUGGUGGUCAUUAGCACUGCCUUGCCACAAGCAGAGGCAGAGCAGCCUGCAGAGCUGAGCCAGGGAGAUGGAAAAAAGAGUGAGCCUAAAGACUUGCUGGGAGCAGGAGAUGGGCAGGAGCUGUACUCACUUGACAGCUCACUCUCCUCCUCAGACAGUGAGGAUGAGGAUGCAGGAAAGAAGGACAAGAAAAAGAAGAAACUAAAGAAGAGAAAGAAGAAAGGUUCCAGCUCAUCUUCAUCCUCUUCCUCCUCCUCCUCCUCCUCCUCCUCCUCCUCUUCUUCCUCCUCCUCAUCCUCCUCUAGCUGUUCUUCAGACAGCGACAGUGAGGAUGAGAAGAAAAAGAAAAAGAAGGUGCAGAAAAAGUAUGAGGGGAAUGAGUAUGUCUGGGACAGCGUUGUUAUAUCUCAGGCUGGUUCCAAUGGCCAAAUAGAACCAACAUCUAAAGAAGGCAUGAAGGUGACCAAGGAUCACAAGUCAUCAGACAGUGAUGAUGACAAGAAGAAAGAGAAAAAGAAGAAGAAGAAGAAGGACAAGAAGAAAAAGAAAAAGAAGAAGAAGAAGGAGUCCAGCUCCUCUUCCUCCUCAUCUGACAGCUCAUCUGACAGCUCAGACAGUGAGGAUGAGAAGAAGAAAAAGAAGAAGAAGAAAAAGACCAAGAAGAAGAAGAAGAAGAAGGACUCCAGCUCCUCUUCUUCAGAUAGCUCGUCCUCUUCAUCAUCAUCCUCCUCAGACAGCGAAGAUGACAAGAAGAAAAAGAAGAAGAAGAAGAAAAAGACAAAGAAGAAGAAGAAGAAGAAGAAGGACUCUAGCUCGUCAUGGUCUGACAGCGACAAAGAUAAGAAGAAGAAGAAGAAGAAAAAGGACAAGAAAAAGAAGAAGAAGAAGGAUAAGAAAAAGGAUGAAGAGGAGGAAGAUCAACUCAGCUCUGCUGCUCUGUCAGCUGCUGGAGGCGAGAAUGCUGGGCCAAGUGCUGAUGGAGAAAAGAAGAACAAAGGUGAAGAUGAUGACAAGCAUAAGAAAGAGAAAAAAGCAAAAGCAGAUGGCAAACUGGCCUCUGAAUUCACUGGUGAGGGAGUAGAGGUGAACCCCUACGGUACAGAGGAGGGACACCUGAGCGAUGAUGAGGGAGAGGGAGGGAUGGAGGAAGACAAGGAAAAGAAGAAGAAGUUGAAGAAAAAGAAGAAGGGCUCUUCCAGCUCCUCCUCUUCCUCCUCUGAUAGCUCCUCCUCAGACAGAUUCCAGCUCCUCUUCCUCUUCUGA